AUAUUAACCUGCCCACAAACACACAUCCAUGCCAGUCCUCACUGGACAUGCUACAUGCCACAAUGAAAACAACUCUAUUGCUGUUCUGCAGUCUGGUGUGUGUUGCCACCAAUGCCUCAGAGACAGACCUUGAUAAAGUGUGCACUGAGCCACUCCCAGCGGUGGACAAUGCAGAGGUGUUGGAGGAGUACAGGGGGGACAACUACACCCAUGGCAGUGUCCUUCCCUUCACAUGUAGAUUAGGCUAUGUGUCGGCAGGACGGACCAUGUACUCUUGCUCCAACGCCAAGUGGGUUAGAGUCCGCAAGGGGAAGUGCGUUCCCAGACCAUGUGAACUCCCAGAGGACAUUCCAAAUGGGAAAUAUGACCUUGUUGAUGGAACUGAUCUAGUGUUUGGAGCAACAAUCAAGUACACCUGUGAUGAGGGCUACCAAAUGAUGAGCAGAUUUCACACAAGAGUGUGUAUGGUUGAUGGAUGGAGCAACAGUUUGCCCGUUUGCGAAGCGGUUGCCUGUUUGUCUGAGGACAACCCAAGUUUGAUUGUAAGAGGACUUCCCGAGGAUGACACCCCCAUCACAUAUGGCCAUAAGUUACAGUUUGAGUGUGCGGAUUCAGGAAUGGUCAUAAGAGGAGAACAAGAGGUCACCUGCACAUCAGCUGGACAGUGGAAUCAUCCCUUUCCUCGAUGUGAAGUUGUCACCUGUGAGUUGGAGAGGACAUACUCCAGUGUCAACGUAAGAGGACUUCCAGCUAAUGGUGGACCUGUCAAAUAUGGGACGACCCUGUACUUCACAUGUGCUCAAGAUGGGAUGACCAUAAAGGGAACGAGGGAGGUAACUUGCACAUCCACCGGGGAAUGGAGUGCCCCGUUUCCCAAAUGUGAAGUGAUUACUUGUGCACGUGAAGAAAUCCAUACCAAUGUCCAUGUGAGAGGCCUACCCACAGGAAACAGUCCUGUUGUGUACGGAACAAAACUAGAUUUCAGAUGCACCCAUUCAGCCAUGGUCCUGCAUGGGGCGAGAGAGGUGACCUGUUUGGAUAAUGGUCGGUGGAGCAACAUGUUUCCCAGAUGUGAAAAACCACCAUUGCCUAAUGGUUCAUGUGGUCCACCACCUCCAGUCGCAUUUGGAUCUAUAGUUCAAGGAUUGAAAACAGUGUACAGUCAUGAUGACUGGGUGAAGUUCCAGUGCCCAUAUUACUACAUUUUGAAGGGUAGGACCUGGUAUCCUUCGUGGAUGCGAUGUAAUGAAGGGAAAUGGGAGAAUGAAUCAAUGAAAUGUCUAAGACCCUGCACAGUAACAUCAGAAGAUAUGGAUAAGAGGAACAUUCAGUUUCAAUAUCCUAGAGGUGAUCUACGGUAUGUUAAACAUGAUGACCAUGUAACAUUUAUGUGCAAACCAGGCACAAUGAACAGGAAAGCACAAUUUGGACAAUACUGUAACAACGGUCACAUGGAUCUUCCUAUAUGUUACAAAUACAACUAUUGAACAAAUAUAAAUAUUGUGGGUUAUGUCAAACGGUCUGUAGACAAAUGUAAAAAUAUAUUGAUAAUAUAGUUGACCUUAUUUUGUUAACUUCAUUGUAUUCUAUUGUAUACUCCUUAUGAUGUCAUUGAAUUAAAGUGGUUUCAAACAA